ACAAAACACAAACGUGAAACAGAAUCCAAUCAACAUGUUGAGUUACGCCUUCCUCGAUGAGAAGUGGCUGCGUCGAGCCUUCGAUCAAGGCCUAUUCUUUAUUUUACCAUUUCGAAAUUCAAAAUUCUUAUUCGAAAGGUUCAAAAUGUCGACAAAGGACACCCAACUUUUCCAUGUCCUCUAUUAUUCGCAAUUGAGAAUGUUAAAGACCUAAAUCGAUAUGAAAUUGAUCCGAUUCCUCCUCGGGGUGUGCCCCUUAUAUAUAACACUAAUUGACGAUGUUUUUGCUGCCAAAAACAACCAUUGCCCACCUUUGGGACCAGUUCUCCCAGCGCCGACGAACCCAAGCUCGAACCCAGCUGUACAAUCGGCAGUGAGCGCACUGCAGCAGACUUUUGAUGGCAUCACCGAAAAUUUCAACGGCACAGCAUUGUCAAUAGGUGUAAAGUCUAUUCACGAGACAGCAUCAUUUGCCAAUGUGCACUAUACACCACCUAUAUUAGAUCCACGUGGAUCAUCGCACAUUGAUUCGUCCACUGUCUAUCGAAUUGGUAGUGUGUCCAAAUUAAUCUUAAUGGUGGCUCUAAAGACUACCGGUGUUCGCUGGGAAGAUCCCGUCACUAACUAUUUACCGCGGCUCAGAGAACUGAAAAAGCAGCAGAGUAGCCCUAUAGACCGAAUGACAACUGUCGACUGGGACGAUAUCACGGUCUGGGCUCUGGCAACACAUACAAGUGGGAUCGGGUCAGAUCUGAUACUGGAUAUGGGUAGUUUUCCUGUUGAUUGGACCAAGCUUGGGCUUCCUCCAGCUCGUGAACAUUUUAAUUGUGGCGUACUCGAUGGCCUCCCGCCCUGCCAGGAAAAAGACUUUUGGGACAACUUCGGGAAGCGAUACCCUGUGUUCUCUCCAUAUACGAGCCCCUUAUAUUCGAACACUGCUUUCUACAUACUUAGCCUAGUUGUCCAGGCUAUCGCCGGCUACUCCUAUAGUCAAUAUGUUCAGAAGCAUAUCCUAGAACCACUCGGCAUGCGAGACACCACGUUUGCGAAACCCAAUGACACUUUGGGCGCUAUCAGUUUGAAUGAUACAUUCUGGGACGCUACGUUAGGAAUCGAUGACCCUGCUGGUGGCUUUUAUUCUAGCACGCAUGACCUUCUUACCCUUGGGGAGGCAAUCCUAACAAACAAAUUUUCAUCGCCGACGCAAACCCAUCGGUGGCUUGGGCCAGCGACGCUCACCUCCUCGAUCGGAAUGUUUGUCGGUGCGCCGUGGGAAAUUAUUCGCGCCGAUAAUGUCACUUUAGACCAACGCUUAGUUGAAUUUUAUACCAAGGGCGGGGAUGGCGGUACCUACCAUGCAAUGUUUGCUGUAGUUCCCGACUACGAUCUCGUCAUCAGCAUCCUAGCAUCAGGACCUGAGAGUAGCAGUAACCUCGUACAGCAAUUAUUCUCGCAGGUCAUCACGACUUUACUUCCAGCUGUUGAGGCGGCUGGAAAAGACGAAGCUCGGUCCGCUUUCGCCGGCACCUAUGUGAAUGAAGAGACGAAUUCGACAAUUACGCUCAGCGUGGAUGACGAAGGCCCAGGACUCAAUAUCACAAAUUGGAUUGUUCGCGGCACGGACGUCCCUUCUCAUUGGCUCAACUACACAUCUGGUAUAUCGAGCGGUUUUUCGAAUACACAUGUCUCAACACGACUGUACCCAACCGGCCUAACUAAUGGGUCACGGACGGCGUGGCGUGUGGCCGUUGAUCUCGGAACUCCUGAGGAAAUUGCACAAGCCGAUGCGCAGCUCUUCUGGCCGCAAGCCAAUUGUAUGACAUGGAUUACGAUGGACAGACUUGUGUACGAGUACCGCGCACUUGAUGAGAUGAUUUUCGACUUGGUCCUCGGGGACUCGGAUGUUGAGGCCAACGUUGAGCUGGUUGGGUUUCAAACUACACUCCAGAGAAUUACGCCAUUUCAAAACUUAAGAGAGUUGUAAGAUGACCAGGAGUUUGUGGUAUCUAUCCGAUAUGAAAGCCUUUGCUGUAUUAGUGCUAUCUCGCUGAAAUACCUGUAAAUUCGGGGACCUCACGGCAAUGUUUUGUAGCUAAACGCCUAUCCAAUAUCACUACUAGAUCAAAGCGGUACGAGGGCCAAGUCUUCUUAUUUGAAACUUACCAUGUAUUUAUUAGUCACAUAAAAACC